UAGUGUGAGGGAGAGACAAGUGAGACGUGUUGAUGAACGGACGUGUUUCAGUCCUAGAGUACACUACAGCACAAAUCAAACAGAGUUAAAUUAAUAACACCGAGUCUUUAACUCAGUAAUAAAACUUAAAAAGAUAAAUAAAGUAAAAAUAAAAAACAAAACAAGCUUAAUUAAAGUUAACAAAUUUAAAAUAAACAGCAGUGACGGUAGGGAGGCUCCCCUAUCUUAGAGGGUUAAACCUCAAAAUUGGAGUAAGGUUAUAAACGGCUCAAGUGAAAUCAUUCGGAAUCAAACAGUUUUAACAUAGAGAAUUUAGUCUAGACAAAUAUCACAAUUUGAAGCAUCAUACUAAAAGAUUGUUAAACAAUAACUGUGGAACGAUUACAAAAAAGUCAAGAAUAACAGCUAAACUACUUGGCCUGGAGCAGAGGUCAAUCCUCAAAGGCGUGAGAGGCUGGUGUAACGAGGUGAUACACAUAAGGGGUUGAACAUCAAAUUGGAGCAAAUCAAAGGAUCAAGUCCAGGCAAUACCUAAAACAGCAUACUAAGGGAAAUCGACAUUUGGGAACUUCAUUUACAUCAUCCUUCUGGUCCUUGCAUAAAUCCUUAACCUUUGAUUGUGCGGUCCAGUCACUGGUCCUCACAUCUUCACCAGCAGUGACUUAUCCCCUACAUGAAUUCAUCAAAGGUACCUCAUUUAACAUAUAAAAUGUCCCUAGUGUUUAUAACACCCAAACAUACUAACAAAUUCAUACUUCAUUCAUCAUUCACAGAUCCUCUCAUACUUUUAAAACAUCAUUCUCACACGUUUUAAAAAAAAAAAAAAAAAAAAAAAUAAGUAAAUAAAUAAAGAAAUAGAUAAAUAAACAAAUUAAAAUUAAAAUAAUAAACAUCUAAACAUUGGAAAUAACUACAAGUAACCACUAGCAACAGAAAGAUAAAACAGGAAGAAUCAAGCAAGCAAGAAAAAGAAGUGUAACUAGCAAGUUAGAAGAAUAACUAAAUUUACGAGUAAAAUAAAACAAAGUAUAUACAGCAGUAAGUGGCACGUGGCCCUCCCGGGACGAUAGCCAAGAAGGAGAAAAAAAAAAAAAAAAUUAGUGUGAGUGGAUCAGACAAUUGUUUUUAUUAUAUAUGUAUAUAAUAAUAUAUAUAUAUAUAAAAAUAUUGACAUUUGCUAAAAAAAAUACUAAAUAAAAUAAUUAUACCAAAAUGUCAUAUUUUGAAAAUAAUAUUUGGAGUAAAAAUGAAUAUCAUACACUCGGACGUAAAGAAAAUGACCAAGCUGGUAAAUCAAUCAUCGGAUCAAUUGUUGUCGGGAUAUUUCUGAUACUUUUGGUGAUAUCACUAUGGAAUAUAGGCCGUCAUAAUUUAUCAAAGACUUAUGUAGUAAUUAUUGAUACUAAUUCAAAUUUAUUACACAAAACAUCAGAACGUUAUUUAUCAUUCGGCCUGGAUUCAUCGUUGCUUCGUGAUAUGGAUAAAUUUCCUGUCAAAAAUGAUACGUUUGUUAAUUUAGCGCGAUAUUUAAGCCCCGCAUUUGUAAGAGUGGGUGGGACAUCCGCAGAUUGUAUUUUUUUUAACCAACCGGUACCCGAAGUUACUGAAAAAAUAACUAGUCCAGUUGAUGCUCAGGAUAUCAGUAAUUUUACUUUGGCCGGCGAUGAUUAUCUGGCGGUCUAUCAGUUCACUGAGAGAGCGCAAUUGAGAAUGAUGUUUGAUCUCAAUGCUUUGAUCAGAGAUCCUGAUGAUCAUUGGGAUGAUACCAAUGCUAAAGAUAUUAUUAAUUUUUCUAAAGGCCAUUCUAUGGAUAUCGAUUGGCAACUUGGCAAUGAACCCAAUUCAUUUCGACACGUCUUCAAUAGACCAGUAUCAGCAAAACAAUUAGCUGAUGACUAUAUUCAUCUCCGACGUCUUCUAAAUCAACUAGGAUAUGAAACAAGUUUUCUGGUCGGGCCAGAAGUUAAUCAUAUUGGAGACAAUGAUAAAGCUGGAGAAAAAUAUGCCACUGAAUUUUUAAAGAAUAAUGAAAACAGCGUUGACUUUUUAACGUGGCAUCAAUAUUAUCUCAAUGGCCGCGAAGCCAAAGUAGCGGAUUUUAUAAACCCGAAUGUCUUUAACCGGCUGCCGAUUCAAAUAAAAAAUGUCCAAGAUGUCAUUGAUCAAACAAACAAAAAUUUAAAGAUGUGGAUGUCUGAAACGAGUACUGCGUAUGGUGGAGGUGCUCCAGAAUUGUCAAACAGAUUUGUCGCGGGUUUUCUGUGGCUCGACAAACUAGGAUACGGAGCCACUGCCGGAGUUGAUGUCAUUGUACGGCAGUCAUUUUUUGGCGGCAAUUACAGCAUGAUUGGUAAAGAUCUUGAACCAAAUCCUGACUGGUGGGUCAGUGUCAUGUACAAACAAUUUGUUUCUUCGAAAGUAAUCCAACUCAAGACACCAUCAAACUUUGGCAGCAUAAGAUUAUACGGACACUGCACUUGUCCAAGUGCAUUAAUUUCUCGUGUCCCUGCAAUUACUGUCUACGGCGUUAAUUUGAACAACGACUUUGUCCGAAUAUCUUUACUCUACUACUUGAAAAGUUACCCACGUAAAAAUAGUAAAUCAUUUUUAUACAUUCUCACGGCAGAUUACUUGCAGUCGAGAGAUAUAAGAUUGAAUGGAGAAAUUUUAAAAUUAAAUUCUGAUGGAAGUUUGCCAGCUUUCAAACCUGUCAUCGUUGACUCAUCGCAAGUUAUCACUUUACCCCCCUUUUCAAUGGCAUUUAUAAUUAUGCAUGGAGUUGAACAUCGGGCUUGUGAAACAUAAAACUUCUCCAAGCAUUUAAUGUCCAGAAGAUUGGAAGGUUUUUGCGACGAAAUUUAACUGAUGAAAGAUGACUGGGUAAUUGCGGGUGCAAUUUUGCAUCUGUAUGCUAAAAUUUUUUAAAAUCUAGACCCGGUAGAUUUUUUUAAAUAUUUUCGUUCCGCAAAAACCUUCCGAUCUUCAGGUACAGCAUUCAUAUAUUUAUAUAUUUUUUACAAUUAUUGUGCUUUAUAUAAAGAACAAUUUUUUUUAGUUACCACAAUAUCAACCGAAUAUUUUUAUAUUAAUAUUUAAUUUAUACAUUUAAAAGUUUAUAUUAUUUUUAUAACUUAUUUUAAUUGUAAGACUGGAUAUUAAAUUAAAUUAAAUAUCUUACCAACAACAAAUUAACGGAAUGAAAUUAUAUAAUUAUAAUAAUAAUUACGUAUUAACAUCAUUUAAUAAUAUAUGUAUAUAUUAUACAAAUAAAAGUUGAAUAAUAUGAUAAAUACUGAACGAUUAUUAGGACGAGGAAAAAUUUAAAAUGAAUUUUAUAAUUUCCUCAGAAAUAACAAACAUAUUUUUUUUUUUAUAUUGAGUUCUUAAAAUCUAUAUAAUUAAUAUUGAAGCUUGAAAUAUACAAGACUUACAGACAUAUUUACAUGAUAAUAUGCAAUACGAGUAUGUAAUUAUUAUAUAUAAUUUUAUUUAUUUUAAUCUGUUGACGAUAUUGUUAUUGUUUUACCUUUAGGGUCAUCGAAUCUGUCCAUGGUACGAAUGUCCAUCAUCAUUAUCAGACCCCAGAUCAUAAUAAUCCCGAGAAUAGCAGUGACGAAUAUACCAGACCAAAUAGAUAUCGAUGUGAAACCGACGCAAUCGUAAGUAUCGCUGAAUUUUUUAGCGAAUAAUUGCACUUGGAUGUUGUAUAAAUUCAAUUUAAUAUCUUCGGUUUCGUUUGAAUUUGAUUUUAAAAACUGCACUACCUGCCCGCAGUGAUAAGAAAAGUUCUGGGGCCAAGUUAAGUCUGUUUUGGUGAACAACGAGAAUUCUUGGUUGUCUCGAGUUACGUUUACUCUGUGCAAUGUGUAGUAACCAGACGUUUUAGGAAUUAUUUCAAAAGCCAGACUUGCUUUGUAUGACGACGUGUCAUUGCCGACGACAUCGAAGUCCAUUUUGAGAACCAUCGGAGAAUUUAUGGUUCCUUGGCCUUCAUCUUUGACUUCUUUUGGUUGUCCAACGCUGAUAAAUUCUGAUCCUUUCAUCUGUAAUUUAUUUAUAUAUUAUAUUGAUAUUUGUUCAUAAUUAGGCCUGACCCAGGCAUUGAGGGGAGAGACAAUUAAUUGGCUAGUCAGUAGAAAGUUAAGGUGAAGGAAGGGCCAGCAGCGAAACAAAUACAAAUCUACUGUCUGAUCAUAAAGUAUUGGCGCUAGAUUUAAAACAUGAUCAACUUAUGUUUAAAAAAAUCACAUGAAAAUGUGAUAUAUAGAGACCGAUAAAUUGAAGUCUCUUCUAAGGUAAAACUGUAACUGAUUAAUAGGGUGGGCCGAAAAUCCGCUUUUAUUAAAAUUUUAUUAUUAAUACCAAAAAUAUUUUUCUUUGUACAAAAAAAAAUUUUUUCGGAAAACAAAAAAAAUUUUAGGUCGAUAUCUUAAGCUCGCCAAAUCCCGCUAAAGUUAGAAGUUGUUUAAAAUUUUUUUUCCAACUUAUUUUGAUCGGAAAUUUAAUUCUCUACAAAAAAGGUCCUACAAUAAAAUUACGUUAAGUUGAUAGUUACUGAGAUAAUUGCAAUUUUGCUUUAAAAAAUGGAAUUUUUCAAGAUAUUAUUACUUUUUCAGGGUAAAAAAUAAAUUUUAUCAUAAAAAAUUAAUAGAAAAUUCAAUUUUCUACAAAACAGACAAUAAAAAUUUAUUCAAAGUUGAUAGUUACAAAGAUAAUAGCGAUUUUUGGUGAAAGCCCCCAAAUACCGAGAAAUGUGACUAUCUAAACAUAAAACUGCCAGUUUCUGAAUAACUAUAAAUUUCAAGUUUUUACCACAAGGCCAAUUUUGUAAGAAAUUUGAUUUUCUAUGAAAUUUAUUUGAUAAAAUUCAUAUUUUACCCUGAAAAAGUGAUAAUAUCUUGAAAAAUUAUAUUUUUUAGAACAAAAUUGCAAUUAUCUCAGUAACUAUCAACUUAACGUAAUUUUAUUGUAGGACUUUUUUUGUAGAGAAUUAAAUUUCCGAUCAAAAUAAGUUGGAAAAAAAAUUUUAAACAACUUCUAACUUUAGCGGAAUUUGGCGAGCUUAAGAUAUCGACCUAAAAUUUUUUUUGUUUCCAAAAAAAUUUUUUUUUGUACAAAGAAAAAUAUUUUUGGUAUUAAUAAUAAUAAUUCAAAAAAAGCGGAUUUUCGGCCCACCCUACUGAUUAAUGCUGAUGCGUUUUUCUAAUUUAAAUAAACAAAAAUUUCAAGUAAAAAAAUUAUCAUUGAUCAAUAAUUAUUUGUGGAUCAAAAUAUAUUAUAAUAUGACGUAUAAACAUAUUUUAUAAUUGACUAUAAAUUCAAAUUGUGACUUUUCAAAAUCACGCACAGCUUGGCAUUUUUAGCUUUAACGUUCGUACUUUCCAAAAAUAUUUAAAAAUGCAGAUAUUAAUUUAAAUAAAAAAAUGUUUAGUUAUUGUGCGACUGUACAUUGCAACAAUAAAAAUUAUUGUAAUUUUAAUAAUUAGGUAUAAUAUUCAAGUUCGAUAUUAAACAAGUACCUGGAGAGCUGGUGGUUUUUCAAGAUAAAACAAAACUCGCUCAGAUUGAAUAAAUAUAUAAUCGGUAUCAUUUUGCGCCAGAGGUUCUGCUGUGGCUGCUGCUCUUUUGAUCCGAUCUGGUCGACUGAGAGUGCAAGUUUUUCCAGUCAAUAUUCCAAGUAAAUAAGGACUUGAUUCUUUCAACAUUUUGAAUGUUUCAAAAACAAAGUCAAGAUCAUUGGCUCUGUUUAUAACAAGUUGACCAUUUGACACUGAAUUCAAAUCUUCAUCUGAUGACUGGUUAUAAAACGGCAAGGUUUCAAUUAUCGUAAAAGGUCUAUCAACUUCCGGUAUGUAUUGCAAUGAUCCGAAUUUUUUAAGCUGCUUCCAUUGAUCCUGAUAAAUUAAAUUUUAUAUAUAUAUAUUAAUAAAUUAGUCAAAAUAAAUAUAUAGAUUAAGUAAAAGACCCAGAACUAGUACCCGACCACUUCAUGUAUUUGUGUAGAUAUAUUUAGUAAAUAUCGAUAUACAAAUACAUGAAGUGAUCGGGUACCAGUUCCCUGAUCAGGUACUGGGUCUUUUAGCUUAAAAAUGAAAUACUUACAUUGUCAUGUAGCGUAACAUCUUCACGACAGAAACUUUCUUUGUAAAAAACAAUAACGGGCAAUUGUGAAUCACCAACUUUUUUGGUGACAAUAUCUUUGAAUUCUUUUUGUGAUGUCUUAUCAAAUAAAUUGAAGGGUUUGCUGAUUGAUUUUGUUGAGCUGUCGCCUCCCCAAAUUAAAACUGGGACAUCAGUGAUA